GACCUCGACGUCUUGCAGCAGGCUAUCGACCAGUACGACCUCGGCUACAAGAAGGAGAUCAGGGACGACAUCAACUUUCUAGUCCGCCAGGGCCGAUGCGACACCCUGGAGGUCUGCGCGCCGCCUACUUCUGCCUUGGCUCAGGCGGUGAUCGACCAGGGCGGGCUCGCCUUUCGCGCUGGAGUGCACGACGGUUUCGACAUGGCGACCAAGUCCGGCGUCCGACGCCUGGCUCUUUGGAUGCGCCAACACCGGAAGGUGCAGAAGGCCAGGCGGAUACAGGCAGGAUGCGAGACCCUCUUCUCCAUCGGGUUGCAGCGCCACGGGACGGGGGUCGACCUCGAGCAGCCUCAACGUUCGCAGAGCUGGUCACGCUCUGCUUCUCUGCAGCGCAUCAAGGAGCAGACCUACGAGGCGCUGGUGUCGGGAUGCGGCCGCGGACUACGUUGCCCUCGCAGCGGCUUGUUGCUGCCCGAGGUCUGGAAGAUCUGCACCGCGGAUCCCGAGCUGCAGAAGGCGAUCGGCAAGAGGUGCAGCAACCGUCCAGGCCGACAUGACAACCACGAGCGCGGCGAGAUCAUCGGCGGCAAGGACGUGCAGAUCUACACGGACAUCGCAAGGGGCGACGACGUCGAGCCUCAUGACCAGGCCAAGCCCGACGAGCAGAUCUACACGGACAUCGCGGGAGACGACGACGUCGAGCAUGAUGACCAGGUCGAGUCCGACGACGAGCUCGACGGGGGCGACGGCCAGGAGCUGGUCAAGGACGGAGGCCACCUGAGCACCGGGGAGGAGCAGGAGAUCGGGCACCGCCUCAGCAGGCUUCAUCGCAAUCUCGGACAUCCCAGCGCUCGGACGAUGGUGAAGAUCCUGAAGAACUCGGGUGCCAGCCUCCAAGUGCUGAAGAUGGCGAAGAACUUCAAGUGCCACGCCUGCAACUCCUCCGUGCUGCCGAAGGCCGUUCGGACCGCUGCAGGCAUCGAGAUCCCCGAGGUCUUCGAAGUAAAGGGCAGUGACGGCUUGGAGUGGCCCGACCCCAAGGACGACGCGAUCUACCUGUUGACUCUCGACAUGGACGAGGGGUCACGUCUCGCGCUGGUGACCAACCGCGGCGACAAGUCCCAGCGGCCCAGCAACUGGUCCGCCGCCGACGUCGUCGAGACCUGGCGCUCCUGGGCCGACCACUACCGAGCCCCGCGGCCUAUCCGAUGUGACGCUGAGGGAUGUCACCGUGCGGAGUUGACCAAGGGUUGGCGCAGCUCUCGUGGCAUCGACAUGUUCAUCGCUCCUGGUGAGGCCCACUGGCUCACGGGCAAGGUCGAGCGACGCAUCCAGCUAUUCAAGAGGACGCUCAUCAAGUUCAGGAAGCAGAACUACGAUUGCGACGUCGACGAGGCCAUUAGCCAGGUCAUCGACGCCAUCAACGACCUCGACAAGGUGGGGGGGCAUUCCCCCUACGCCCACGCCUUCGGCAUCGGCGGCGCCCUGGGUUCGAGCGACCCCUUCGCCAUCGCCGACGACGGGAGUGGCGAGAGCAGGGGGCGGCGGCGCCUCAAUGCCAGACAAUCCUUCAUCGAGGUAGAGUACUCGGUCGAGCGCGCGGUCGUCGAGUUGACCAACAUGGAGAAAAGAGGCGCUUCCAUGUCGGACCUGAUGGAGGUGGCUCGGCGCGGAACCUUCGAGGACCUCACCAGCGAGAGCCGUCCAGCCAUCCAGCGCUGCGAACCUCAGACAGCGAUGCCCCCCGAGACGCAGGCACGCGCAACCGCCGGCGAGCCAAUGGAGGAUGAGGCAUCUGGACUAGAAGCUGACGUCCCAGGCCCCUACUUCGACACGAAAGGCCGGGGCGGUGUGGACCAGGCGAACAGCGAGGGCGAUCUAUUCAUAGAUGUGAACACGCUCAAAGAGUCUGGGCUCGCCGGCUUUGAGUUCGUUGACGAGAACAUGACGGUCUACUUCGAGAUGCUGGAGCCCGAGCUCACGGUGAAGGAUCCUGCGGAUGUGAUCCGGUGCCGCUGGGUGCUGCCGCGGAAGGCCGACGGAACCGCGAAGGGCGACGUGACCAGCGCCUUCCUCCAAGCCUACGACCUCAAGAAGGACCUGUUCGUUGAGGCCGACGAGGCCCUUUCCCCCGCCUUCGGCGUUCAACCAGGUGAAGCGCUCCAGGUAAUGAAGCCAGGCUACGGCAUGGGAGAGGCUCCAAGGAAGUGGCGGCUCACGGUCAUGUCGGACUUCGCCAAGCUGGGACUGCAGGCUGCCAUGCGGGGCAUCAAGAACCUCUACACGUGGGGCACCUGGGAGGGCAUGGAGGACGGACCCAACUCCAUCGAGCAGUGCGGCGUCACGAUAGAGUCCAACGAGAAGGGGUUCUUCCAGCAUCAGCGGGCCUACAUCGACAAGCUCAAGGAGAUAACACCCAAGUACCCCAAGGCGCGCUCCGAUGACAAGCUGACUGAGGCCGACCAGACUUGGGUCGCGGACGUGCAGAGCAAGAUUCCAGACGGCGACUACAAGCUCUUCACCGUCGCGAGCAACAUUUCCAAGAUGGUCAAGGCCAACCAGAACGAUGGGAUACUGAUCUUUCGUCACGCCCUACCCGGCUGCCAGAACGGACCUCCUGAUUUCUGUGUGUACACCUGGUGCGCCGCUGCCUGGGCUAGCCGACCGGGCGGUCAUUCUCAAGGCGGACACGUGACAGCUCUGAGCUACGCCGAGACACCGUUCCACGACGUGACCAACUUCACUUUUCUGGACUGGGGGUCACGCAAGCUGAAGAGGGUCGCCAGUUCUAGCCUUGCUGCCGAGAUCCAGGAGGCCAGCGACGCCGAGGGCGAGCAGAUGAUGGUGAGGCUAGUCCUCUACGAGGUGUUCUUCGGAACUUUCGACCUCCACAACCGCCAACGGGCCCUGCAGGAGGUGCCGGCUACCCUCGUGACGGACUGCAAGGCGUUCAACGUGCUCCACGCCUUCCUGAAGCACCAGCGGACCUUCGACGAGACGAAUGAGCUAGACCACUCCCAGGCCAAGGAGAUCCUGGAGAGCAGGAAGCGGGACCACCAUUCGACCAAGCAAACGGCAUCUGGAGGUGCCAAGACGGACAUGCUGGAGCUGAUCUCUUUUCCCCCGGUUUGA